AUAAGAAGAAGAAUACUUUAGUGUCAACAACUAUUGUUACAUAAAUAGUGUAAUAAAAAUAAUUGUUCUAUAAUUAGAAAUCCGAUGGAUUAUACUAGUGAUAAUGAUUCUUAUGACAGCGAGGAAGAUUCCGGACUUUUGAAGAAAGCAUUUGAUGUACAUCUUCCCGAAAAUUUUGAUCCUAAUUCUGUGCCACGAGACGGUGAAGAAUACUUACACCAUGUUAUAUACGAACGAAAUAUGUGCAAAAAAUGGGUUGCAUCACCCAUAGAUCCAAAAAAAUUGAAGAAAUAUUCAACAUUUAAAAUACCAAUAAAAGUGAUAAAAUACAAUAUUCCCUUACAUCUGUUACCAUCACUUGAAUGGCAAUAUCAAAAACUGGGAGAUUUUAAGGAUUUCAAAGAAACUUUAGACAAAAUAAACGAAACUUAUGAUCGAAAAGCUACUAUUAGUGUAUUUAAUGAAGAUAAAUUUAUGACCAAAUUGCAGAUAUCUGCACCCCAGUAUUCAACUAUUUGUCAGUACAAACAAACUGCUAAAAUAAGAAUGUUGGAACUUAUUACAAAUUACAUUUCUACAAAGGAAUCAUUUGAUGAUUUGGUAGCUGUGUGGGUUUUCGCUAUAUUAGUAACUCUUUCUGUUCCUCUGAGUCCAAAUGUAUACCAUGCUAUUCGUGAAUUUAUUAGAGCUUGUCAACUUAUUCGCUCAAAGUUACCAGAAAAUGAUGAAAAAAGUUGGACUGCAUUGAAUUUCUAUAUUUGUAUUUGUAGUCGAUAUUAUAGUCAAUUGGAUCUAGCAGACUUCAAUGAUAUGGAGUGAUUAAUUAAAUUGUUCCAAAUUAAUUUUCAAUUUACUUCCCAAAAUAGCUGUACAGGUAGCAGAACAUUGUUAAAUAUAAUGUAUGAAUUUUUACUAUUUUUUGUUCGCAAGAAGUUGGAAUAUAACAUUUCUUAUUUUUUGUUUUGGGCAUUAUUAUUAGAAUUUGUAGUUCAAAUUUUUAACAUAUUUAUAAAUUAUGUUUUCAUGAACUUUGUAAUAUAUAGACCCACUAUUCAAGCUCUUUAAAUAGAAUCUUUUACAAGAAAAAUAUAUGUACCCAGUUUAUUUAAAAAAAAAUUCAUAUAUUUAAUAGACUAUGUAAAGGUAAAUGAAAAUUCCAGCAAAUUCUCAAUAUACAUUUAUAAUUUUGACUUAUAAUGCAGGUUAUCCCAGAAGUUGAAACCUAACAUGAAAAUGCAGAUACCUGAGAUAAUGGGUUCAUCAUUUCUAUACUCUCUAAACAGGUCUUCAUUACUCAUGGUAUAAAACCUAGGCUAAAUUGGUUUUUGUUCAUAUUUUCUAAACUGUAUUUGAUCCUAAAUUGAAUAUUAUUCGUUAACAGAAAUAGUAUAUUAAUCAAUAAGCAAAGAUAUUACUUAAGAGAAUGAAAUAUCUGAAGGAGUUAUGGCCACUACAUGUGAAUAUACACGGAUACCUCCACAUGGCAAGCGCCACUCGAACUACUCGAGUAUAAUAGUGCUUACCCUCUCGUGCUUGCUUCUUACAUUAAAAAAAAAGAAUAGAAUAUACUUCAUCUUAGAAGUCUCAGUGACAAGUUUUCACCCGCUAAAAGUUUGGAAAUCAUUAUCGACGAUUUAUUAUUGUCAGAAAGGUGAGGAAGUAAAGUCAAAAGUGUAUUUCAAAAUACACAAAAAGUUCAAUUCGAAAGUGUGUCAGAUCUAGAUUACUAUAGUUCAUAAUUUCAUUAUGCAAAAGACGUUGUGGGAACUUUUGCAGAGGUAAAUAUUCCUUUUAUUAAAAAAGUUUA